AUAGUCGUCGAUUGGUACGGAGCGAAUGACCUAGCGAACCCAAAGAACUGGCCCGUGUACAAAAAAGUCCUCAUCUUUGCCGUCGUUAACUAUAGCAACAUGGUGGUGUACAUGUCUUCCUCGAUCUACGCGGCUUCCCAGAAAGGCAUGAUGGAGGAGUUCGGUGUUUCUUCCACGGUUGCCAAUCUCGGGCUGGCUCUCUUCGUGCUUGGCUACGGAUUCGGGCCCAUGAUCAUGUCUCCAUUGUCAGAUGUGGACCAUAUCGGACGAAACCCGCCCUAUCUGAUCUCCAGCACUAUAUUUCUCCUGCUGUCUGUGUUGACAGCAACAGUGGGCAACGUCGAGGGCCUGAUGGUGCUUAGAUUUCUUCAGGGGUUCUUUGGAUCCCCGAUGCUGGCGUCCGGGGGUGCUUCCUUGGGCGAUGUCUGCAAUGAGAACGUCCAGCCACUUGCUCUCUACACUUGGGCUUGUUCGGGAUUCGCUGCUGCUUCUAUCGCCCCCAUAUUGUCGAGCUUCACAGUACCGAUCAUGGGAUGGAGAUGGUCUCUCUGGGAGAUUGUGAUACUAAACGCACCUACGUUGAUGACACCGGAAACGUCGAGAGGCAAGAUCCUAUACAUGCGGCUGCAGAGAUUACAGAAACGAUACCCAGAGAUUCACAUGAUCACCGCUGUGCAAGCCAAGAGCCCAAGGCCCACCACGUCUGGACUUUGGAACGCCGUUGUCGUCCCGGUGCAGAUGCAUCUUCUCGACCCUUCCAUCACAUUCACCAGCGUCUAUUCUGGCUUCGUCUACGGCAUAUACUACUCCUUCUUCGAAGUCCUCCCGUUCGUCUACGAAGGCAUAUACCAACUCCCUUCAGACAUGGCCAGCCUAGCCUACCUCUCGGUGGUGGUGGGUGUGUUUCUCAUCGGCAUCCCCUACUGCGGCUACAUCUACUUCUACGCUUUACCCCUCUCACAGAAGGGUGUCUCCAUUGCACCCGAGCAGCGCCUGAUUCCAGCUCUCUUCUCGUCCUUUUUGGUCCCGGGCGGCCUGUUCUUGUUCGCUUGGACUUCGAGACCCAGCAUCCAUUGGAUGGUGCCCACGCUAGGUAUCGCCAUGACGUCUGCCGGCAUAGUAAUCAUCAUCCAGUGCAUUUUUGUGUACCUUUCCCUCAGCUACCCGCUGUAUGCAGCCUCUGCGUUCGGCGGAAACAGCUUCCUUCGGUCUCUGAUAGCAUUUGCGGCGUUGCUCUGGUCGAAGCCCCUCUACCACGAGCUCGGCGUUGGUGGCGGAUCAUCACUGCUUGGGGGUCUCUGUAUCUUUGGCGUUGCUGGUAUCUUCAUCCUUUAUCGAUACGGCGCAGCAUUGAGAAUGAAAAGCAGCUUU